GCGUUAGGAAAGAUACCAUAACUUAUGAGGUGGCUUUCUCGUCGCGUCGUCAUCAGUUUUUUCCCCCCGAAUAAAAACACACAUCUUUCAACAAAAUGUUUGAAGUUACGGAUACUCAGAAGAUUGGAAUCGGUCUUUCGGGCUUUGGAAUGUUCUUUUUGUUCCUUGGAGUUGUAUUUUUAUUUGACAAGGGAUUACUUGCUCUUGGAAACAUCCUUUUCCUCUGUGGUCUGGCAUUUGUGAUUGGUCUUGGGAGGACGUUCGCAUUCUUCUUCCAACCACACAAACUUAAAGGAACAGGGUUCUUUCUUGGCGGGAUAUUUAUUGUUUUAAUUGGCUGGCCUUUAAUUGGCAUGAUCAUCGAGACCUAUGGCUUCUUUGUAUUAUUUGGAGGAUUUUUCCCCGUGGCAAUAAAUUUCUUGAGGAGAGUUCCGGUUAUUGGAACGAUAAUGAAUUUACCUGGACUUAGUGCUUUCUUCAGUAGAUUUGAACAGCACAACACCAAUGUAUAACUCACCUAGAUGAUCCUGUGAGGAUGUCAACAUUCUGGCCUGUAUUCUUGAAAGCUGCAUAACUUAACUGAUAUUACCACUUUAAAUACAACAGCAACAACUACUACUUACUAUUGUGUCAAGGAAGACAUGGUUAUUGUUUUAGCCAAAGCAGUUAUUUAUGAGACACUCUAGACAUGACUAGAAUCCCAGUUCCUACAGAUUAGUAUAACCUUGGUCAUUGGAUUCAAUCAGACUUGCCCAUGCUCCAUGGACAUUCACCACUCCCUGGGGAGUAUACCAGCCAGUUACCAUGCAAGGCGUUCACAAUGAUGGUCAAUCUGUAGUGACUUUCACAUCCUCCUCCACUCCAUGGGGAGUAUUCCAAUAAGAAUAUUUUGUGAGGCGCUUAAUAAUGCUCGAAAAGAGUGACUUUCACAUCCUCCACUACUCCUUGAGGAGUAUACCAUCCCAGUAACCAUGCAAGGCACUCACAAUGAUGGACAAUCUGUAGUGACUUUUACACCCUCCUCCACUCCCUGGGGAGUAUUCCAACCAGUUUCCCUGCAUGGUGCUCACAAUGCUGGACAAUCUGCAGUGACCUUCCUCAUUCCCUGGGGAAUAUUCCAACCAGAUACUAUUUGAGUCGCUCACAAUGCUGGGCAAUCUACAGUGACUUUCCCACCUUCUCCACUCCCUGGGGAGAAUUACAACCUGCUACCAUUUGAGGUGUUCACAGUGCGGGAUACCAAUCAAUGAUUCUGAGAACAGUUUUGUCUGGACAUCUGUCUACCGGUAUCUCUAUAUUUAAAUUUACUUACCUUGAAACCAGCACCCAAUCUCCGUUAAGUGACCGGUUAAGCCAGUUUGAAGAUUUUUUUCUUUCCAGAAUAUAGGCCUGAUAAUUAGAUAGCAAUGUUAUUGUUAAUGUUAUUUGUGUAGAUAUAUAUUUGUAGGUUGUUUACUUUUACUUGCCCAGAGGAACAUCACAUGUUUAUGUAUUUUUACAUGCAACUGUUCUUAUUCUGCCCCGCGGCACCACGUAUUUUGAUAGGGAGGGGGGGGGGGGGUAAGAAGAUGACCCAUUUUCUUUCUUUAUUGAAUUACAGGGGUAACAUACAGUUACACGACCAUUACUUCUCUUUUUUGUUGCUCUUUCAAUAUUGUUUUCUCUUAAUUUUUCUUCCUCUUUCCUAUCUCCUUUUUUCUUGUUUUUUACUAUUUGAAAAAAAAAUCAGUGGAGGCUUGGCUGCCCCCCCCCCCCUGUAGAGUGCCGCCCCUGUAACAAAACUUGAUGCCAUGACAAUAUUUUAAAAUUCUCCUGAGAAUAAUUAAAGUAAUGGACAGAUGUUUGAUUUCAUAUUUCAUAGAAUGUUGAUUUGUAUUUCUAGAUAAUUGCAAGUUUCUUACCUCCUACAAUCUCCUAAACCAGCAUCUACUUAUUAGCAACAUACUUCUGAAUGAUUUUGCAGGAGGGCAUUUUUCACUUUGUUCUUUUAAAAUAAGUGUUUGGUACCGCAAAAUCAUAAAAUAGCCUUAAAAACAGGCAUACUAAAGCUUUUCAACAUGCACUCAUCGGAGUAAAAUCGCAUGAAUGACCAGAAUGCUAGAGCGAAACAAUAUAUAGUAAAACUGAAAGAGACAAUGGAUGCUAAACGAUGAACAGUGAUUGGCUUCGUUCUAGCGUUCUGAUCAUUCAUGCGAUUUUACUUGGAUGAGUGCAUGGAGAAAAGCUUCAAAAUGCCUGUUUUUAAGGCUAUUUUACGAUUUUGUUCAUUUUGUUGUACAAGAACAAGGAUACAUUUCUUUCUUUUAAAUGUAGAUAGAAAUUAAGAUAUUUAUUACCAAUGCCUGUAUAUUUCAAAGCAUAAACUCACAGAGCUUUACCAGUUGUGCUGUUGAAAUUCGCAAAAAAUUGAAAUGGUUCAAUAUAUUUGGCAUUUACUGAAUAUUGUCAUCGUCAUUCAAUUUUUUCAUUUACUAAGUACCUGGUGAGUGUUUCAUAAAACUGUUUGUACUUUGCGAGCGACUUUGGAAACAACUCACUGGUGAUCCUUUCUUGUGGUAAAUGAUAUGCACCAGAUUCUCAAUGGGGUUGAUGUAGUUCCAAAGAAAGGAUCACCAGUCAUCAGUAAAGUCGCUUGUAAGUAACUAACAGCUUUCUAAAAUACCCAUCGGUACUUCUUUGACAUACACAUUGGUAGUCUGUUACUUUGAACAUGUAUGAAAAUCUAUGUUUAUAAAGGAGUAGCCAAUGCAGAAAAGUAGUGAAUUUCUGACAUAUGAAAUAAAACUGAUUUCAGAUUAUAUCUAUCCAAGUGGGCUUUCCUAAAGCUUUUUGUAAAUUACUGAAGACUUUAUUGUUUACAUACGACUGUUGACCCUUUCUUGAAAGCUAAAUCAACAUGAAUGAAAAUCUUGGAUAUCCCAUUUACCAUGAUAAACAGUCAACAGUUUAAGUCUUUGGUAACUUACAGAUAGCUUUAUGAACUGGCUGCCUGUAUUCUAUGAUCUACAUGUAGCACAAAAUUAUGACUUUUAGAGCUUGAUAUGGGGGGGGGGGGUCUUCUUAAAUUCUAUUUUCACUUCAUGAUUUAUUCAAUUUUUUCUUCCCUUAGAACCCCUUUUUUACAUUUUCACAUAUAUUUUUCUGAACUCGUCUGAGUACAUUCCUUUUA